AAAAGUAUACGCGACGAAAAAACCUACAGAAUAUUUUCAAAUUUAUUGUAAAGAACAUUUUUAAAAUUGUAUUUUCUUUUGUUCUCGCAUUCACCACAUAUAAAUACAACUAUUGCAGUUAAAAAGCAUCCAGUUGUGAACAGACCUUGAUUAAAGAAAGAACUUUUCAAAGUGAAAAAAGUAUUCGAAUUCAGAAUAUAAUAAUUAUAACAGAAACAUGAAAUUUUUAAAUAUUUUAUUUUUACUGAUCGUCACCAUGUUGUGCAGUGAUGUAUGUGUCGGUCUAUUCUUGCCUCUGCUGAAAGGCUUAAAGAGAAAACUUACUUACGGCGGUUAUGCUCCUAGUUAUGGCUAUCGUAGUCCCCAUGUGGGCUAUGGUUAUGGUGCCGGCUACUAUGGUGGUUAUGGCAGCUCAUCGUAUGGAAAUUAUUAUUCGGCUGCCAAACCCUAUUACCCACGUCGCCAUCGCGGUGGUAGUAAACGCACUGGACGUACUUACAGUGAUAUUGCUCGCGUUAUUAAUCCUAAUCCUUAUGCAUUUGUGGGCAGACGACCUUAUCCAGCUCAACCCUUCUAUCCCCAAGGAUAAUUAUGAUGCCGGCUAUUAUUUUGUGUAUAUGUGUAUUUAUGUGAUAAUUGUAAUAUUUAAAAAUAAAAAUAUAAGAAAUAAAAUUAUAUUUGUAAUUUACAUAUGUAAAUUAAAAAAAAAAUCAAA